AUGCCAAUUCGGCUUGCUCGCCGCCAGACCCUGAUUGACCCGUCACCUAUCGACCGUCUCUCUCGCUCGACUCGACUCGACUCGUUGCCUCCUCCGCCAAUCUUCCGUCGUCUUUUAAACAUUCUUUUACCCUUCCCACCCCCAACCCCUUCUUUCAAUUCCUCUUAUAGCGGAAGGGUGCUGCUGCUAAUCAGCCCCAUUACCGCCCAAGAUUCCCUCCUCAAACGGCAGACGACUUCCUCCCGUCCACAUCAUCCAGACCAGCACGAGCAGGCGACGUCAUUGCUCGCAUCUGAUCCGGCCGACGACCACAACCACCACCGUGACCACCACCACCACACAUCCCACACCCGCGGUCACCACAACCGCCAACACGACUACAUCAGCGACAAGGACGACCGUCACGGCCACCGAUCAUCUGAGGACUCUCUCGCCUCCGAGUCUGAUUCCUGGACCGACACUGGCGACAUCGCUGAGCAGCUUGCCGACGAGGAAGACCCUCUCCGCAUCCAGCUCGCCAGCGACGUUGAUGACGAGCUGCUAGCCGGCGUCCACAAGAGGCAUCCCUCCCACGGCAAGCCUUCCAAGAAGAAGCGUGUCCGUAUUCAACUCUCUCCCAAUCGUCACGAUACAUCACCAAGCCGUCGUGGAGCCGUCAAUAAGGAGGCUAUUCAAGUCCCAGACAUCACCCAGCCCCGUCCGACUCGCGCCGAGCGAGUCAUCGGCCUCAUCAUGUCGGGCGGCUCCUCUGUUCACGGCCUCACCGGCCGCGCCCUGAUUUACUUUACGAGUAUUUUCGUAUCGUUGGGUGUUUUCCUCUUCGGAUAUGACCAAGGUGUUAUGUCGGGCAUCAUCACGGGCCCUUACUUCAGGAACUACUUCCACCAGCCCUCCAAGGCCGAGGUCGGUACGAUGGUUGCCAUCCUCGAAAUCGGUGCCUUCAUCUCCUCCCUGAUUGUUGGCAAGGUGGGGGAUAUCAUCGGCCGACGUAAGACUAUCCUGUACGGCUCAAUGAUCUUCUUCGUCGGCGGUGCCCUUCAGACGUUCGCCAAUGGCAUGCCCAUGAUGAUGCUGGGCAGAAUCAUCGCUGGUCUAGGCGUUGGUGCCUUGUCCACCAUCGUGCCCGUCUACCAGUCCGAGAUCUCCCCCCCGCACAACCGUGGAAAGCUCGCCUGCAUCGAGUUUUCGGGCAACAUCAUCGGCUACGCCACCUCGGUCUGGGUGGAUUACUUCUGUGGCUUCAUCGAAAGUGACAUGUCAUGGCGCAUUCCUCUCUUGAUGCAGUGUGUGAUGGGGGCUCUUCUCGGCUUCGGCAGUCUGGUGAUUGUCGAGUCUCCAAGAUGGUUGUUGGAUAACGACCACGACGAGGAGGGCAUCGUCGUCAUUGCCAAUCUCUACGGAAAGGGUGACAUCCAUAACCCUAAGGCCAGGGACGAGUACCGCGAGAUCAAGAUGAAUGUGCUUCUCCAGCGACAGGAAGGCGAGCGAUCCUACGCCGAGAUGUUCCGCAAGUACAAGACGCGCGUCUUCAUUGCUAUGUCGGCCCAGGGCCUUGCCCAGCUCAAUGGCAUCAACGUCAUCAGUUACUACGCCCCGUACGUUUUCGAAUCCGCCGGCUGGGUUGGCCACGAUGCUGUGCUCAUGACCGGCAUCAACGGAAUCACGUACCUGCUGUCGACCAUCCCUCCGUGGUACCUGGUCGACAGGUGGGGUCGCCGGCCAAUCCUGCUGAGUGGUGCCGUUAUCAUGACAAUUUCGCUAUCCUUGAUCUCGUACUGGAUCUACCUCGACAUUAAGUAUACGCCGACCCUAGUCGUUGUCUUUGUCAUGAUAUACAACGCCGCUUUCGGAUACUCAUGGGGACCGAUCCCCUGGCUCUAUCCCCCGGAGAUCCUGCCCCUGAGCGUACGCUCCAAGGGUGCCAGUCUGUCCACGGCGACCAACUGGGCGUUCAACUGGCUUGUCGGAGAGAUGACGCCCAUUCUGCAGGAGUGGAUCAAAUGGCGUUUGUAUCUCGUGCACGCUUUCUUCUGCGCCGUCAGUUUUGUUGUUGUCUAUUUUAUCUACCCCGAAACUUGUGGAGUUCGUCUCGAGGAGAUGGACUCGCUUUUUGGAGAUGCCAGCACCGUCAUUGGAACGCCGUCGAUCCACGCUGCCGAGAACGACUCGCUCAUGCGUGCGGGAUCUCCCAUUGGAUCUAUCGACUACCGGGGACGUCCCGGCAACUUCACUGCCAAUAGUGCUAUCCCCGGCUUGUCCCUGGAUCCGCCUGAUAUCCCGGACGGUAAGGGCCAGGACGGCGAGGCGAGCAGCACCAUCAGUGGGUGGGUGUCGAGAGUCGUCGGCCGCACACGGGACCAAAGCAGUAGCGGCAGUGGCAGAUACGCUCCGGUCAACCAAGAUGAUUGAAGCGGGACUUACUUACACGAGACUCAACACGCUUAGAUGGUAUUUUUGCAUAUAGAAGGCGACUUGUUUUGCCCUCGGUAUCACAGGGUCGGCCUCCCGGGCUGGAUGAUAGAGUCAUACGAUGAGAGCGCGAACAAAGUGUACUUUCCUCGAUGUGGUUCUGGCAUAGGUGCGUGGAAAUGAGGAUUCCGAGUAAGAUCAAGAGAAGCGUUGCAGAACGAAGACUUGACGAGUCAAGCGUCGUGGAUACUGGUUGUGGUUUGAUUUAAAGGGGGUUGUUUGUUAUACUGUGCCUGUACAUGAACUGUGUGUUCUACUACCAGCGAUUUCCAUCAUCAUUGAUAUCGCAUAACAAGAGAGAAUUUUUACUUGCCAAAACUUGUCAU